AUGGUAUACAAACUGUGGAACCCCACUAGUGGUGGCCUUGGUGGCGGCAGUUUCCGCCUCUGUGGUGGCGGCGACUACGGUAGGAGAAGAGGGAGAAAAGAGUUACGUACGCCGGCAGCGAGUUGCGUCACCGGUGUGACCCUGGUUCGCGAUUCGGAGGUGGCGGCGGCCAGUUCCAGUGGAGGAUUAUAUUCAAAGACUUUCACUAUCACCAACAACUGCACCUACACAGUGUGGCCAGCAGUUUUAUCCGGAGCCGGAAGCUCGCCGCUUCCUACCACCGGCUUCGCCCUCCUACCAGGUGACUCCAACACUCUCCCUGUGCCUCCCGCUUGGUCCGGCCGAUUGUGGGGUCGGACCCUUUGCUCCAUCGACAUCACCGGCAAGUUCUCAUGUGUCACCGGUGACUGCGGGACGUCAACGGUAGAAUGCGCCAGCGCGAACCCCUUCCCACCAGUUACUCUGGUGGAGUUUGAUUUUAAUAGAACGUCCCAGAUGAAGUUGUAUGACAUCAGCCUUGUGGAAGGUUUCAACCUUCCGGUGAGAGUGGCUCCCACAGGUGGAAAGUGUUUGGCGACGGGUUGCUUGGCGGACUUGAACGCGGCUUGUCCCACGGAACUUAAGGUGAUUAGGGAUGGAGAGGCAGUUGCUUGCAAAAACACGUGCAAAACUGAAGCAUGCCUCAGUUCACUGUUUUUUAAGACCGCAUGUUCCGACGCUCACGUCUACUCUCAUGAUCAUGCUUUCUUCAAUUGUUCAUCUCCUAAUUAUACCGUCACUUUCUGUCCCACCUCCAAAAGUGGGAGGAAGGUAGAGAACAAAAAAGAGCCUUCUUCAGGGAAAAACGUAGUAAAAUACACAGGCGUGUUAGCUGUUAUGAGCGUGAUUUCUGGCUUGGUAAUAUUCCGAAUAAGAUUACGUUUAACAAACAGAGAAUGGGAAAUCAGCUUGAGCGCAGGAACUAGAGCUGACACUGCAAUAGCACCCAACGCAUAAUUGUUGAAGAUCAACGAGCGAUUCUUGUUGUAUGUUUUUUAUUGUGUGUAAUUUAUUUUUCUUGUAUUACUUUAUGAUUUCAAUUUUUCUCAUAUUCUUAGAGUUAGUCUGUUGACUUGGGAUGUGUUUGUUUUUUAUUGAAACAAUAUUGAUCAAACGAAUACGGCGUAAAUAAAGUAAGAAUGUGACGUAAGA